CCCGAUCCAAUCUGGAUCGGGACGAGACCCCCGCUCCCCUCGCUCCUUCCCCUCCUCUGCCCGAUGGGAUUGGGGCACGGCGCCCCGUCCCCAUCUCCCUGUCGCGUCGACCACGCCCCACGGCGCCCCACGCCGGUGCCACCGCCACGGCGCCGCCCGGUCAUCGACGCCCGGAACGCCCCGCCGCCUCGACGCAGCGCCCCUGCCUCGGGUCGUCAUCCACCCGUCGCCUCGCCGGCGCCGCCCGUCAUCACCGCCACCUCGUCGCGCGUCCCCAUCCUCCUCCUCGCCGGACCACCUCACCGGAGCACGCGCCGCCUCGCCGGACUCCCCCACCGGUCUGCUCCCACGCCAACGACGUCCCCGUCCUCCCCCACGAGUCCCGCUGCCCCGUCCCUACUCCUCGAUAUGCUGGAGUCCAGAAGCCAGACGCCACCGUCGACGAUGACCCCUACUACACCGGAGGUGCCUACUACUACGUGCAGCCCGCUGACGACGACCAGGAGUAGUUAGGAGGAU